AUGCUGCAGACCCUUCUCCUCGCCGUGGCGGCGGCAGCCACCCUCUCGUCAUCCACGCCAACCAAGACGAUCCCAGACGCGGCCCACCACGCCGGAGGCACGCUCCCCCGAGCCUCCCGCUGUGUCGACGGCACCCCUGCCUCGCUGCCGACCGACGGCGGCUGGCCCAUCGACUAUGCCGAGGUCUCGCUCGAUCCCGACCUCCUGCUCCACUACACCGUUGCCGGGAGCUGGUAUGCCGACCAUUACAUCUCGUCCACGACUAUUAGCAUCGGGCCCGGAAACGACCUCUACGCCGCCUUCAAGUGCCAAUUCGUCUGCAACGCCGCACCCGACUGCGUCUCCUACUUCGGCAAGUACGUGGACUUUGGAUCAGGCACCCAGAACUACCAGUGUACCCUGUUCGAUGAUCUGUUGGAACCUUCGGUAUUCGUGUCUGACAAUGGCACCGUGCCCGGAGGCGGCUUCAACAAGCUCUGCGAUGCGCUGCCGAGCAGCUCUGGCGAGUCUGGCGAUGCGUGA